GUCUGUCUGAUCUGUGAACCUGUGGAUAUCGCUGUAUUAAAUAUUGGCUUACGCUUCUCUUCACCUUUACCGUUCAAUUUAUAAUUCCAAUUAAUUAAUUAUUAUUUUCGUUUAUUUAAAUAUUUAACCUUUUACAUUAAUUUUACUUAGAACUUUAGUGUGUGCCAUGAACUUUAAAUCAAUACCAAAAAAUAUCUAAGUAAAGUACCGUAUAUACCCCGGUACUGCACCUGUUUCAAAUUACUUUAUUUCUGCGGAAUUGUCUUUCAUCCUAAUGGAGAUUGAAAUUUUAAACGUCGUCGGCUCUAAACCCUUGGGCAAAAUUACCGUCAAUGAUGAUGCUACAAUCAAGAAUGUUAAAGACAAGAUUCACCAAAACGUAAAAAAAUCUUUGUAUCCCAGCCGACAGGCUAUAAAAAUUGAAGCAAAAGGAAAAGUGUUAAAAGACGAAGACACUCUAAAGUCUCUUAAUAUUCAGAGUGGCGCAAAGUUAUAUUUGAAAGACCUUGGUCCUCAAAUCUCCUGGACCACUGUAUUUUUAGCUGAGUAUGCAGGACCUCUUUUUGUAUAUCUAUGGGUCUAUCAGAGGCCAUGGAUACUAUACGGAGAUGUUUCUUCAGUCCAUGGAACAGUUUCAAACGUAGCAGCCAUUUGUUGGUCAGGUCAUUAUAUAAAACGACUUUUGGAGACUGUGUUUGUGCACCGUUUUUCACAUGGCACAAUGCCUGUACGGAACCUAUUCCGUAACUGUGCUUACUACUGGCUGUUCACCUUAUAUGUGGCCUAUCAUAUUAAUCAUCCUCUUUAUACAGCUGCAAAUAGCCUGUAUUUCCUUGUUGGUCUUGGUGGUUUUAUUGUGUGUGAGCUGGGCAAUCUAAGUAUUCAUCUCUUGCUUAAGAAUCUCCGUCCUCCUGGUACUAAGGUGCGGCGCAUUCCCGUUCCUGAUGGCAACCCACUUUCUCAACUAUUCAACUUUGUGUCUUGCCCUAACUACACAUAUGAAGUUGGCUCUUGGAUAUUCUUCACCAUCAUGACCAAAUGUGCUCCAGCGGGUGUAUUCGCAUUUGCCGGUUUCUAUCAAAUGGCUGUAUGGGCGAUCGGUAAACAUCGCAACUACAAGAAGGAAUUCCCUGAAUACCCUAAAAGUCGUAAAGCAAUUAUACCUUUCAUUCUAUAAAUUGGUAUCAAGGUACUGUUUCAUUAGUGAAACUUCUAUAAAUUCCGUAUUUAUAUACGAAUUUAAUAAUAUAUUUUUAUAAGGAACUACAUAUAUUCCUUAUUCACGGUUGCUAUGGCUUAUUGGGUGUUGGAUAUUAAAAUAGUUAUUUGUGUUGGACGCAUGAAAAAUUAACGGAUAAAUGUUAUUAUAAUAGGAAGGUAUACAGGAUGGUUUUUAAUUAGGACGGGAACUGUUAUAGAUAAUAAUUAUUUAAUUAAAAUUUUAUUUUUUCUAAAAUUUAAUUGUUUAGAAUAAUAAAUGAUUCCAUUUGUAUUAGUGACA